AUGCAGUGCCUAGCGGCUGCCCUUAAGGACGAAACCAACAUGAGUGGGGGAGGGGAGCAGGCCGACAUCCUGCCGGCCAACUACGUGGUCAAGGAUCGUUGGAAAGUGCUGAAAAAGAUCGGGGGUGGGGGCUUUGGUGAGAUCUAUGAGGCCAUGGACCUGCUGACCAGGGAGAACGUGGCCCUCAAGGUGGAGUCAGCCCAGCAGCCCAAGCAGGUCCUCAAGAUGGAGGUGGCCGUGCUCAAAAAGUUGCAAGGGAAGGACCACGUGUGCAGGUUCAUUGGCUGUGGCAGGAAUGAGAAGUUUAACUACGUAGUGAUGCAGCUCCAGGGACGGAACCUGGCCGACCUGCGUCGCAGCCAGCCACGAGGCACCUUCACACUGAGCACCACCUUGCGGCUGGGCAAGCAGAUCCUGGAAUCCAUCGAGGCCAUCCACUCUGUGGGCUUCCUGCACCGUGACAUCAAGCCAUCAAACUUUGCCAUGGGCAGGCUCCCCUCCACCUACAGAAAGUGCUACAUGCUGGACUUCGGGCUGGCCCGGCAGUACACCAACACCACUGGGGACGUUCGGCCCCCUCGGAAUGUGGCCGGGUUUCGAGGGACUGUUCGCUAUGCCUCAGUCAAUGCCCACAAGAACCGGGAGAUGGGCCGCCAUGAUGACCUGUGGUCCCUCUUCUACAUGCUGGUGGAGUUUGCAGUGGGCCAGCUGCCCUGGAGGAAGAUUAAGGACAAGGAGCAGGUAGGGAUGAUCAAGGAGAAAUAUGAGCACCGCAUGCUGCUGAAGCAUAUGCCCUCAGAGUUCCACCUCUUCCUGGACCACAUCGCCAGCCUCGACUACUUCACCAAGCCCGAUUACCAGUUGAUCAUGUCGGUGUUUGAGAACAGCAUGAAGGAACGGGGCAUCGCCGAGAAUGAGGCCUUUGACUGGGAGAAGGCAGGCACAGAUGCCCUCCUGUCCACAAGCACCUCCACCCCGCCCCAGCAGAACACCCGGCAGACGGCCGCCAUGUUUGGGGUGGUCAACGUAACACCAGUGCCCGGGGACCUGCUCCGGGAGAACACCGAGGACGUGCUACAGGGCGAGCACCUGAGUGACCAGGAGAAUGCACCCCCAAUCCUGCCCGGGAGGCCCCCUGAGGGGCUGGGCCCCAGCCCUCACCCUGCCCCUCACCCAGGGGUUCCUGAAGCUGAAGUCUGGGAGGAGACAGAUGUCAACCGGAACAAACUCCGGAUCAACAUCGGCAAAACUCCCUGUGUGGACGAGGAGCAGAGCCGAGGUGUGGGGGUCCCCAGCUCCCCAGUGCGUGCCCCCCCAGACUCCCCAACAACCCCAGUCCGUUCUCUGCGAUACCGGAGGGUCAACAGCCCCGAGUCAGAGAGGCUCUCCACAGCGGAUGGGCGGGUGGAGCUGCAUGAGAGGAGGUCACGGAUGGAUCUGCCUGGCUCACCCUCGCGCCAGGCCUGCUCCUCGCAGCCAGCCCAGAUGCUGUCAGUGGACACAGGCCAUGCCGACCGGCAGGCCAGCGGCCGCAUGGACGUGUCAGCCUCUGUGGAGCAGGAGGCCCUGAGCAACGCCUUCCGUUCGGUGCCGCUGGCUGAGGAGGAGGACUUCGACAGCAAAGAGUGGGUCAUCAUUGACAAGGAGACAGAGCUCAAGGACUUCCCUCCGGGGGCUGAGCCAAGCACAUCGGGUACCACAGAUGAGGAGCCUGAGGAGCUGCGGCCGCUGCCUGAGGAGGGCGAGGAGCGGCGGCGGCUGGGGGCAGAGCCCACCGUCCGGCCCCGGGGACGUGGUAUGCAGACACUAGCCGAGGAGGACCUGCGGCAAAUGCCACCCCAGCCCCCGCCACCCCAGCUGAGCCAGGCUGAUGGCCGUUCGGAGACGUCGCAGCCCCCCACACCAGGGAGCCCUUCCCACUCGCCCCUGCAUUCCGGACCCCGCCCUCGACGGAGAGAGUCGGAUCCCACAGGACCGCAGAGACAGGUGUUCUCUGUGGCGCCCCUGUUUGAGGUGAAUGGCCUCCCACGAGCUGUGCCUCUGAGUCUGCCCUACCAGGACUUCAAGAGAGACCUCUCCGAUUACCGAGAACGGGCACGGCUGCUCACCAGGGUCCGGAGGGUGGGCUUCUCGCACAUGCUGCUCACCACCCCCCAGGUCCCACCUGCUCCUGUUCAGCCUCAAGCUAAUGGGAAGGAGGAAGAAGAGGAGGAAGAAGAGGAAGAUGAGGAAGAGGAAGAAGAAGAGGAGGAGGAAGAAGAGGAGGAAGAGGAGGAAGAAGAAGAGGAGGAGGAAGAAGAGGAAGGAGAAGAGGAGGAGGAGGGAGAGGCAGAGGAGGAGGAGGAGGCAGUGGCCCUGGAGGAGGUGCUGGGGCCUCGCAGUGGCUCUUGCAGUGAGGGGAGCGAGAGGAGCACUGACCGGAGCCAGGAGGGUGCCCCAUCCACACUACUGGCUGACGAUCAGAAGGAGUCCAGGGGCCGGGCCUCCAUGGCCGAAGGGGACCUGGAGCCUGAGGAGGGCUCCAAAACGCUGGUGCUCGUCUCCCCUGGUGACAUGAAGAAGUCGCCCGUUACUGCCGAACUGGCCCCCGACCCUGACCUGGGCACCCUGGCUGCCCUCACUCCUCAGCACGAGCGGCCCCAGCCCACCGGCAGCCAGCUGGAUGUGUCUGAGCCAGGCACCCUGUCCUCCAUUCUCAAGUCUGAGCCCAAGCCCCCUGGGCCCGGGGCAGGGCCAGCGGCCGGAGCAGUGACCACAGGGUCAGGGGGAAUGGCAGUCACCUCCUCACCCUUCACCAAAGUUGAGAGGACCUUUGUGCACAUUGCAGAGAAAACCCACCUCAAUGUCAUGUCUUCUGGUGGACAAAUCUCGCGGCCUGAGGAGUUCAGUGCUAGGGGCGAGUUGGGUCUGGAUGUGCCCUCUGAUGGGGGCACUGCAGUGGAGGGGGCCCCACUGCCCGUGGAGAAUGGUAUAGCCCUGUCAGCACUGGAUGGGGCUGAGAUGGAGAGCUGUGCCCUGUCUGGCCCCCCUGGGGAAUCCCCUUCGGAGGUGGCCAUGGACUCACGGCCCAACGGCUCAGCCCUUGCUGAUGGGCCAGUCCCAGUGUCCUCACUGGAGCCAGGUCCCGAGAAAAUGGCCACCAUCUCCCCCAGCUGCCAUUCCGUGCCAGGCCCUCGCCCCAGGAGCCGUAUCCCUGUCCUGCUGUCUGAGGAGGACACAGGCUCGGAGCCCUCGGGCUCACUGUCUGCCAAAGAGCGGUGGAGCAAGAGGGCCCGGCCACAGCAAGACCUCGCACGGCUGGUGAUGGAAAAGAGGCAGGGCCGCCUGCUGCUGCGGCUGGCCUCAGGAGCCUCAUCCUCCUCCAGUGAGGAGCAGCGCCGGGCCUCUGAGACACUCUCAGGCACAGGCUCCGAGGAGGACACACCCGCCUCUGAGCCCGCAGCUGCCUUGCCCAGAAAGGCCGGGCGGGCAACUGCCACCCGGAGCCGGAUUCCCCGCCCCAUCAGCAUCCGCAUGCCCACGUCUGCCGCAGCCCAGCAGCUCCCCAGCAGAACCCAUGGCUCAGCCCCAGCAUCUGACACAGCCAUCACCAGCAGGCUCCAGCUGCAGAAGCCCACAGAGUCGGCCAUUGUGGCUGACCUCCGCCCCAAACAGCUCCCCGGCCGCUGCCCGGGACCAGGGCGAGCCCAAGCCGGCGCCAGGGCACCCGCCCCCCGCAGUCCGGGCCUGCCCGCCUCCACCGCGCGCAAUCCCAGCGCGUCCCCCCGAAGCCAGUCCCUGUCCCGCAAAGAGAGCCCCUCCCCCUCGCACCAGGCCCGGCCCUGGGUGCCCCCACCCCGGGGUGUCCCGCAAGCCCGGGCCCAGCCUGACGGCACCCCUUCCCCGGGCGGCCCCAAGAAAGGACCCAGAGGGAAACUCCAAACUCAGCGCGCAGCAACCAAAGGCCGGGCGGGGGUCGUGGAGGGCGGGGCUGGGGCCAGAUAA